CCUCUGGCUGCCCGGCGCAGGCUGGCAGCCCGCUCUCCGCCCUGCUGCUCCAACCAGCGCACCCACAGGGGACAACAUGGCCCAGGAGCGUCCUUCCUGCGCCCUGGAGCCCGAGCACGUUCAACGGCUGCUGCUGUCCUCCCGAGAGGCCAAGAAGUCCGCCUACUGUCCCUACAGCCGCUUCCCGGUAGGGGCCGCCCUGCUCACCCGGGACGGGAGGAUCUUCUCGGGGUGCAACGUGGAAAACGCCUCCUACACACUGGGCAUCUGUGCUGAGCGGACUGCCAUCCAGAAGGCCAUCUCCGAGGGACACAAGGAUUUCAAGGCCAUCGCCAUCUCCAGUAACUUGCAAGAUGACUUCAUCUCGCCAUGUGGUGCCUGCAGGCAAGUCAUGAGAGAGUUUGGCACUGACUGGGCCGUGUACAUGACCAAGCCGGAUGGUACGUACAUGGUCAGGACCGUCCAGGAGCUGCUGCCUGCUUCCUUUGGGCCUGAGGACCUGCAGAAGAUCCACUGAAGGCCGGAACACCCCCGGGCCAGGAGGGCCUGGGUUCCCACAGCUCUCCGGAGGCCCACGUGAUCUGUCCUUUCGGAAGGACCCGGGAAGGCUGCCGGGGAGGAAGCAGGCACCUGGCACCUGGCACCGCGCCCUCUCCCGUCUGCUGCCCUUUGCGCCCGGCUGUCCCCCAGAGACCCACGUGUGGAAGGCUUGGUCCCCAGUCUGUGCUCUGCAGAGGUGGGGCCUGGUGGAUGCCUUCAUGUCACUGGUGCGUGACCUCGAAGGGCCCUGGGGGACCAGGUCUCUUUCUCCCUUUUGCUUUCCUGCCAUGAGGUCAGUGGCUUUUGCUCCCCACACCCUCCCUGCCAUGACGUGCUGCUUUGCCACAGGCCCAAAGCGAGGGGACGAGCUGAUCAUGUGCUAAAUUAUCCCAAACUGGGAGCCAAAAUAAACCU